UUGUUUUUUGCUCUCUCUCUUCUUCUCUGUACCCGGAUGAGGAUGAUGAUGAUGAGGAGGCUGCUUCAAUCGCGCACAUGGUGUAAACAUGGUGGCAUUGCAAGGGUUUUAUACUGUACCGAAACCCUAACUGCUUGCUCAUCUUCUUCUUCUUCUUCAAGUUCAAGGGACACUCUGUAUAGUAGGAUUUCACCCCUUGGGGACCCUAGGGUUUCAAUCGAACCAAUUCUCCAUCAAUGGGUCAGAGAAGGAAGAGUCAUCGAGCACCAACAACUUCAAAUGAUCAUCAAACUACUCAGAAAAUUCAGGCGUUUCAAGCACGCUCUGCAGGUAUCUGAAUGGAUGAGUGACAAAAGUUAUUUUGACCUGUUCCCUGGAGAUGUUGCAAUUCGGUUGGAUUUGAUUUCAAAGGUUCAUGGACUAGAACAAGCAGAGGAUUAUUUUAACCACAUACCAAAUGCCUUGAGAGUCUUCCCUGUUUAUGGUGCUCUUUUAAAUUGCUAUGCCCAUGCAAAAUCCUUGGAGAAAGCUGAGGCCACAAUGCAGAAGAUGAGGGAGCUGGGUUCUAGAACACCACUUGUGUACAACGUUAUGCUGAAACUCUAUUCCCAGAUGGGGAAGCACAAGAAAAUAGAUUCCCUGGUUCAAGAGAUGGAGGAGAAGGGCAUUGCUUGUGAUAAAUUCACAUUCAGCAUACUGUUAAACUCACAUGCUGUCACUUCUGACAUCAAGGGCAUGGAGAAGAUUUUAAUGAAAAUGGAAGCUGAUCCUGUUAUCUCUAUGGACUGGAAUGCUUAUGUUAUUGCAGCAAAUGGGUACUUGAAAGCCGGUUUAGUGGAAAAGGGUUUUUCAACGUUGAAGAAAUCAGAGCAACUUAUCACUGUUAAGUCAAGAAAACAUGCUUAUGAAUUCCUACUGACACUUUAUGCUAGCAUGGGGAACAAAGAUGAGGUGUAUCAUAUGUGGAAUUUGUGCAAGAAAAGUGGGAAAAUUUACAAUACAAACUACAUUUCUAUGUUGAGCUCACUGGGGAAGUUGGAUGACCUUGAUGGAAUGGAGAAGUUAUUUGAGGAGUGGGAAAUCAAUAGGACAUGUUUUGAUUUUCGGGUCCCUAAUUUGAUGAUCAGUGCUUACUGCAGAAAGGGUCUUCUGGAAAAGGCAGAAUCGAUUGUAAACAGGCUUAUAGAGAGCGGGAAGGAGCCAAAUACUGGCACAUGGGAACGCUUGUCCGCUGGAUAUAAUAAAUAUAAUCAUAUGGAAAAGGCUGUGGACACUUUGAAGAAAGCUAUCCUGGCUAGUCAUCCAAUUCCGGGGUGGAAACCAGACCUUCCCACUUUUGCUGGAUGUUUGGAAUACUUGAAAGGGAAAGGAGACGGGGAAGUUGCGGAGUUUAAAAAUUUACUAGAGGAACACGAUCAUUUCUCUACAGAUACAUACGAUAGAUGAGAAAAUUAUAUAAAAAAUGGAAACCCAGGAUCCAAAGCACUUGAUAAGAAUGGAUGGGAUAUGUAUGAAGAUGAAGUCUCCUAUGUCUGCCCAGUAAUUUUAGCUAACCAUGCUGAAUUGUGAGACUUGUAGGGACCAUAAAGGCCAUGUGAUAUCAAUCAUUGAGGGGGGUAAAGAAGCUCACUUGCUGUCAAAUCCCAAUUCUCAUUA